AUGUCAGAAAAGCAAAGUAUUACAAGUGCUAAUAGAAAGGGAGAAGGUUAUAUGAGAAAACAUCUAGAUAUUAUGCUUGUAGUGAAAUACUUGGAGAUGGUUUUUGAACUCAUGUACGUAGAAUAUUCUCAUUUAAUUUCUAGUUCACAAAAAAAGACUGAUGAUAAGAUUAAGUUAUGGCAAGAAACUAAUAACGGACUAUAUUGGAUAUGCCAAAGUCUUAAACUGGAUAAGGAUCAGUUUGGUAUUGCAUCUGGUUAA